AUGGCAGCCUCGGUCUCGGUCCCGGUCUCUGCCAAAAAGACUUCCACUCCAGACAUGCCUGUUUUUUCAUACGCUCAGGCCGCAAAGGGCCUUGCCGCUGAUUCAAAGCAGACCACUGCUGCUCCCAGCGUCGAUGAAAACGUCACUUCUUCCACUUCUACUACCACUACCAGUGCUAGCACAGCUGUAGAUGGACAGGUUGAAGAUGCCGGAAAGGCUGUCUCGGCGUCACCCUCGCUAGGACCGUCGACUUCAACAACUUCGACACUCGUCAAGGAAGAUGAUCUAUCCACCACCACCCCCAAUGGUACCACUACCGCUACCGCCUCAGAGUCCGAGUGGGAGAAGCAGUCUCAGGCUUCCACUGCUGCAGACAACAAGGACAAGACUACCACCAGCUCGUCGUCGGCAGUAGACGAUGAGAAACCCAAGUCAGAGGCCAGCUGGGAGAACAACUCCACUACUCCACAGAAGGAGCAACAAAAGGAACAGCAGAAGGAACAGCAAAAGGAACAGAAGGAACAGAAAGAGCAGAGGGAGCUUAAGGCUGCUCCUCCACCAGCAGUCAACAUCUGGCAGCAACGACAGGAGGCCCUGGAGGCCAAGGCAAAGGCCAAUGCCCUGUUGAAGCCUGCUACCACCACCACUACUACCGGUAGUAACACGGCUGCCCCAGCUACAAAGACCUCCGCCACUCAGACAUCUGGUGAUGUCAGGUCGGAACACUACAAAGGCGGCAGCAGGAAGAAGGCAGACGCCACUGCCACAGAUGCCACCCGUGACAAAAAGAAGUCUACCGAUGGAUCAAGGAAAAGCUCUCGGUCUGCCAAAGUCCAAGAUGGUGAAUCCCUUCCACCAGUCAACGAUGCCUCCUCCUGGCCAACUCCACAAAUAGCACAAGGCGAAGACCUGCGCAAGGCCCAGGACCACACCGACAAGCCUGAACGGCCCGAAAAGGAGAAACCUGCCGGCUCCAGAACCCACGGCAAAGAGAAAUGGAUGCCCGUGCCAUAUGUGCCUACCGCAGUCUUCAACACCCCCUUGCCACCAGCUGCCAGGAGAGGUGGCCGCAGUGGUGGUGCCAGAGGUGGUGCGCGUGAAGGCGGCUCCAGGGGCGGUGCUCAUACUGGUGGUGACAGAGCAGCUGCGGCAGCUGCUGGUGCCGGCUCUGCAUCCACCACUAAGCCUUCGUCCGCCGGAGAGCGCGAGAAGAGCGAUGCCACCGAGUCUGCUCAGAAGAACACUUCGACCGCUGAUGCCAGCCUGAAAAACGGCGAUGCUGAGAAACAUACUCCUGCUGAGACGCAAAAGGAGAACAUCAAGCAAGUGCACAACAGCAGUAACAACAACGCUGCUACUACCGCUUCCUCUGACCCUACUUCGUCGCAGUCUCCCACUCGUCCCCACCAGGGCAAGUCCUACCACAAAUCCCACGAGAACAGCAGCUCGUACAAGAACGCACAUGGAGACCAGCACGCCUCCAGACAGUCCAACUCAGACUCUCAUGCAGGAGGACACUCCAGAUACGUCAACCAUGACAGCAGGCGGUUCGACAUGGGCACUCGAUCCGGCGAGUUCUUCAAGGACUCCGGCUCUGGCUACCAGCCAAAAGACAAAGACUUCACCAAGGACCGCGAGUACAACCGUGAAUACACUCGCGAGUCUCGCUCCGAGCGAGGAGGCCGUGGUGGCUACCGCGGCGGUCGUGGCGGUCACUCCAACUACUCCAACUCCAACAACAACUCCAACACCACUUCCACUGCUGGUACCGCCGCCAACAACGCCCAAAACGCCUCUACCUCAUCAUCCUUCCACUCCGCUCCAAUCCCACAGCAUCCUUUCCCCUCAUCCAAGAACUACAGCUUCACCGACCGCCACCGCAUCCAACCCACCGCCAACGGCGCUCAGCAGCCUGCCCAGCAACAUGCUUCCACAAACACCCGUAUGAACAUGCGUUCUCCCUCAAUGCCUAACCCUGGCAUGUUCCCAGCCCCUUACCCCAUCCAGACAGACAUGAACAUCCUCUACCCAUACCCUCAUGCGAUUCCUCCAGGCCCCAUGACCGCAAUGUCCUACCAGCCAUACAUGGAGCAAUACUCGCUCAUGGGCACCCUCUCAAUGCAGCUAGAGUACUACUUCUCUGUCGACAACCUGUGCAAGGACCUCUUCCUGCGCCGCCACAUGGACUCUCAGGGCUACGUCCUGCUCUCUGUCAUUGCAUCGUUCAAGCGCAUCAAGUCGCUUACCGAAGACGUGGAACUGUUGCGCUUCGUCUGCAGACAGCUGAGGAACGUCGAGUACCGACCUGGAGAAGACGGUGUGGACAGGCUCAGGAAGCGCGAGGAAUGGGCGCAGUGGGUGCUCAACAUGGACGAGCGGGAUCCAUCAGCAAGGAAUGAGGGGCCUUCAUCCGCGACCGCCCAGGAGUAUAUCCCCCAGCAGCAGGUGCAUAUGAAUGGCCAUGCCCACGCACACGGAGCUGGCCACGCGAACGGCACAUACGUGAACACCAACUACGUACCCGCCGACAUGGCUCCCACCGAGGAACCAAAGCGCCAUGCUAAGCUGUCUUCCGCCGCACCAGAGUUUUCCCCUCUCGCUGCAAAUGGCACUUCAUCCUUUGAACAAGCUCCUGUUGACGGCCAGGCUCAGCCUCAGGCAGAUGGCAGCAAUAACUUCGUUGCAGUGGUACGUUAA